AUGGACUGUAGUCCAGCCGCCCUCGCCUGCAUCAGCGCCGUGUGGAUCACCCUCACGGCCUGGGCCGUCUACAGUCUUCUUCUCGCCGCGUCGCCGGUGGCACCAUGCAACACCACACUUGAUCUCCUCGUGGUGCUGGCCGCGGCCACCAGCCGGCUACUGCUGGUGACGUGCCGGCCUUCCCUGCCCACCGACGCACACGCUAGGGCGGCCGCGGCCGGCCGUUGUCGUCCUCGCCUCGCCGGAUACCGCGGGGCGAGCGCACGGGCGACGGACGCCGCCGCUGAUGAUAAUCAGGUCGUCCGGUCACACGAGCACGGCGACGCUGCCGCCAGCAGCACGGCGGUGCGGUGCGUGGUGUGCCUCGGCGAGGUGGGGAACGGGGAGCCGGUGAAGCGGCUGCCGGCGUGCCGGCAUCUGUUCCACCAGCAUUGCAUCAACCUGUGGCUCCACGGCCACCCGACGUGCCCGGUCUGCCGGUGCAGCGCCUUCGCGCCGCCUCCGGGGCCAGAUGGUUCGGGUUGA